UCAGUGCAGUCGCGUUUUCAAUUCGCUCUUAACCACGUGCGUUUUCGUGGUAUUUAUUUUUGCAUACGCUACGCUUUUAGUCUUGUGUACUGUUUUUGUUCAAAAUGAGUUGUGAAAUUUGCUCACUUGAUUCCUCCGUCGAAACGGUAAUGUGGGAAUGCGUCGGAUUGCCUGUAAAACGUGGUUCGCUUCGUAAAAAUGACAAAAAGAUUGACACUCAAUCUUAUGUCAUACCGUGCUGCAGUUCGUGUCAAGUGCUAGUCACAAUGAACUUUGACUUCAAAUUGCUAAUCGAUCAGCAGGCGAAACUAACCGAAAUAAUAAAUAAUAACUCAGAAGUCACACAUCGCUCCGCUCAGCAAAAUAAUGUUGAUGUUGUGCAUAAAGCGAUCGAUCACCUCGACACUCUGCUCACCGACAUAAAAAAAGAGCUGGCAGCGAAUAAAAGCAGCGGUUCUACUGGAAAUGUUAUUGCCAUUAAGAACCAUAUGACAUCGCUAAAUGAUAUGGCAAUGCAGGCAUCCAAUAAAAGCAUAUCGACGUCAUUACAAGCGAUGACGUUAGGUAUAUCAAGUGACUUGAGAUGUUUAAGCGAUGAAGUUAAUAAAAUCUCAAGUCUCACUAUGGACCUGACAACUAGUGCUCCAAUGCGCAAUAAUCCAAUGUUAGAGUUGGACAUUCUGGACGAGCUGAAGUCAUUAUCAGCAAACAUUAUGACAGUACAUAGUACUGCACCUUUGACUCUGUCUCCGGAUUUGUGUCCCAGCCUGGACUCAGAAAUAAACAAUACAAAUAAAAAUAACAACAAUAAUGAUGCCACUGACUCAGGAUGGAGACUUCUUGGUACCCGGAAGGUGUGGAGACCAGAUUGGACGGACUACGACGCUCGUGUAUCGCGCCGCUUGAGUCAGCAAAAAUUGGCUGACAAGGCUAAAAAAUGGAGGAAGCAGAACACAUCACGUCAAAAUUUAGGCUACAACAUCCGUAACAACAACAUCCGUAAUAACAACAACAACAACAACAACAACAACAACAACAACAACAACAACAACAACAACAACAACAACAACAACAACAACAACAACAACAACAACAACAACAACAACAACAACAACAACAACAACAACAACAGCAACAACAACAACAACUACAACAAUAACAAAAUCAACAACCAGCACCAAAAUCAAAGCAGAAACGACAACUACGAUGUUUACUUCUACAACAACAGUCGUAACAGGGAUAAUAGUGACAUCAAUCGCAGAAACAUUGGACUGAAUCGCGCCCACUUACUUCCGUCUGAUAGAGAGCUUCUUGCAGUAGCGAAAGAUCGCUUCUCCAGGCCACCGACUAAUUAUCGUCCAACGAUGCAAUUUCAUCGAGGUGAAAUUCUAAACCCAUAUCCGGAGCGCGAAUCUCCAUGUACCAUUCCUGCGCCUAACCGGAUGAUUUCAGCUACUGCAUCUGUUGUAACCUGGAUUAUUCCCGAAAAGAUCCCCUUCUUCCGGAUGGUUCUGGAAGUGCACCAUCAAACGAUGCAGGAAUGUACGGUUGAAUGA